AUGGUGUCUCACAUAGAGCUCCUCAAAAGUGGCCAACUCUGGGGUUUCUGCCCCAUCAAGUGGGGCCCAGAUCUGCUGAAAGGAGUCGUAUUUCGGCAAUUCUCUGACCCGGGCGGCGGCGGAGCGCGGGCGGCGGGGUCGGCUGGGGGCGCCCCUCGCCGCGACCCCGCUGCGGGCCGGCGAGGCAGGCGGGCGGCGAGCUCGGCGGGCCCGCAGCCCCUCCCCGCGCAGCCCUCGGGCCGCCCCCGCGGCGGCAGCCGUGGCGGGGACCCGCAGGCCGUGAGCCUGGCGCUCGACUUGACCCCAGACGUCUUCACCAUGAGGGUGCUGCUGGAGGAGACCGGGGAGGUGUUCCGAGUGACCAACUGCCGCAGCGACAUGACCGUGCGGGAGCUCAAAGAGGAGCUGGACCUGAUGGUCGGCAUCCCUUUCAACCUCCAGCGGCUCCAGUACCUGGACCAAGGAGUUUUGAUGGAUGACGCGACGCUGAAGUUCCAUGAUGUGGUUCCUGGUGGAAUUAUUUCAUUAUGUGUCUGGCAUUAUGAUGGAUGGACCGAGCUGGUCAUGGCGGCUGUGGAAGGGGAUCCCAGUAAGCUCUCUUGCCUUGGCCUUGCUGAAGAUUCUUUCUACCAAACUGCAAAUUCACGGCGUUUCAACGACAAGCAGUGGAAGAAAUGGACAUCUCAGAGGGCGUUCGUGGCCUUGUAUAUUACCUCACACAGAGGUCACUUGGAUGCUGUGCAGUACCUUCUAGAACACGGAGCCAACUGUCUCAGCAAAUCCCCUGUAGGCAGGACACCCCUACACGUGGCUGCAGCCAUGGGCCGGUCUGACUGUAUUGACCUCCUGCUCAACUAUGGGGCCCACAUCAACGACAAAGAUGCCAAGGGGGAGACCCCCAUGACCAUCGCCCGCCGCCUGAACCGCGUGCACAGCGAGCGACGGAUGUUCCUCUGCUACUGGAAGACAAAGUCAGGGACCACGGACACGAUGGACAUGAUCAUGAACAAGGUUUUCCAGAGAGUCAAGGCUGGAUUUGGCUCCAAGAAGAACAAAACUUAG